GAUUUGCAUACAUUGUAAAGUAAGCUGAUGACAGAGCUGUGUUUGCUUCGUUUUUUUCCGCGUUUAUCGAAACAUCAAGUAGAUAUACGUCAGGUACGUUUCUGGAACCGAUUUGAUUGAAGAGUAGUUUUCAGUAAUACUGCUUUCAACUAUGAGCUAUUAUCUGAUGAAGAUGAACGAUGGCAGAUCGCAAGACUGUCCAAGUGAUUGUAGCGGCCAUGGUUCAUGUAUCAGAGGCUCUUGCGUUUGCGAGGUAAGCUUAACUGUUAUAUUAGGACAUUCUUUCGUUUUCCUCUUUAAUUCUGUGUAAUUUUAAAUACUUUCUUUAAGUCAGCACGAAAGAAAGCGAGAUUUGAAGAUGUGUCUCGCUCAACUCUGUGCUGAACGAUGCUCUUGGCUUGGCGCAAUCUAGACAAUAAGAUUAAAUUGUGUUUUCUAAUUGCGUUUCUUUAGAAACGAUGCCAAAUUAGAAAAUCUUUUACAUAGUGCGUUAUGCCACUUCCAGUGUCUUUAUAUUACACCUAUAAGAAAUCUUUCAGCUUGUAUAGGCUUAUAUAUAUAUGGCGAUACGAUAAUCAGGGUUUUCGUUAUAUGUUGUAAUAGUGACUCAUAUCAAGGUCUAUCUGUUUACACCGGGGAAUUCAUUAACAUUUAAGAUUUAUAUCGUGACAUUUUGAUAAGCUUAUGCAACGUAUAUGAAAUAAUGUACAGACGUGCUAUUCUUUCGUUAGUCUUUCCAUUGUUUUUAUUAUGCUGAUUUUUUUCUCUCUUUUUUCUCUUUCAAGUUAUGUGAAGAUUAGGGAAAGUGUAAAAGACUAGGAUAUCCAAACAAUAGGAUAUAAAAUUUCUGUAUUAAUUUUCCAAUGCCGGAAACACCAGUUUCCCACUGGCAAAAACCACAUCAGUUCUCAAAUAGCAAAAAUUAAUGGUGACAUUUGGUACCUGUAAACUAGUUUUUUAUGGCCCUCAUCACUUUUGAUUGACAGCGAUUUACUGAAGAAAAUGCUGGUAAAAAUAAAAAAUGACUGUAAAAAAAGUCUUUUCGGCAUAAUUGUAGCACUUCUUUCAAGACUAUAAGAAACAGAUUAUGCAAAGCUAUUGUCUGUUUUCACAUGACGUCACCAAAAUUCAAACUAAGAAACUAUCGAUUCUUCUGAGUUUCUCAGUUUCAUGAGGUAUUACAGCACCUAACCACCUUUAUUUAAACAAAGUUUUGGUUCGAAAGGGUUCUUCGUUUUGCGAUAGAGGACACUGAAUUUCUAGGCUUUUGUGUGAAUGGCAUUUAGCUGGCGGCUGGGAAGGCUGUUAUGUGGGUUAAAAACAUUACCAAUUUUGGGAGAUUUUGCUUUCUAAACAUUUCUUGUCUCAGAAUAAAUAUCGCUUUAAUCCUUUAUGAGUUUUUCAAGUGAUGAAUUCACGCAGUAGAAGGAAAACUCAAAAACAGAUGUUUCUGCUGGUUUGUGGCGGCCAUAUUUGUGCCCCUCAAAGGGACACGAACAUGGCGUCUCCAGACAAAGCUUUAUAAAUUUGAGGAAAACAUUUUUCCGAAUAUCUCACUUAUGAAAUAUUGCACAGACCUGAUUCUUGGCGAGGCCUUUUGCUUUUUUAUCUUCUUUUAUUUCCUAGGUUCUGGACUUUCUGUAUUGAAUGGUUUUCAAUUUUAUUUUUGAUUGAGUGACAGUGAAAACGGAGAACAUUUAAAUUCUUAAAUUUUUAAAUAGUUUAAAACUAUUAUACUAUGAAAAGCACUCAAAACAAUUCUUUAAACAAACACUUAACAUGAACAGAGUCAGUUUGCAGGUUCAUGGAUGGUUUAACUCUAAAAAAAUUAUAUAAUGAUCAGAUCAGAUGAUAGUUGAUGAUCUCGAUUGGUGCCAUUUUCAUUCAAGUCAACAAAAACCAAAGAACUACGAUAAUGUCUUUUUAAAUUUUUGUCUUGUGACGAAGAACUGUUAUUAGUAAAAGAGUUAUCAUCUUGUUUCACAUCGAGGCUUUCACCUUUCCAGUAAAUUGGCUCUGGUGGUCCACCCAGUUUGUUAAACAAUAAUAAAGAUGAGCCUUUUGCUAACUUAGGGAUUAUUUCAUUAGAUCAGAGCUAUAUAAAUCAAUGGUACUAAAGUGGACUCUGGCAGCAGCAACCAGAGUGAAUGAAUGUGUUCCUUUUGUUAUUUCUCCAGGUCCAGUACAGUGGUGGAUCAUGUAGUGACACAAAUACUGGAUACUUCAUUGGUUUUAGUGCAGUCUUCUUCUUUGUCUGUGCUAUUUCUGUAGCUCAGCUGGUAAUAAUAAUUUCUGUGCAAAAUAAUAAAAAAAGUAAAGUAAUGAAAAUACUGUCAGUUAUAUUACCGCAGCAGAGAAAACAGCCAACAUUUUGCGAUGCCACCAGUGGUUUCCCCAUGAAAAUAUGUCUUAGAAAUGGGUGCAGAAAUUCUGUACUAAUGUCGCUUCACCACUCAGAUCUGGGUAGAGCUUCUGAUUGGCUGAAGCAAAUUUACCAUGCAGCACCACCAAUCAGAAGCACAACCCAGAUCUGUGUAUUUACGUGCCAUCAGUAUGGAAUUUCUUCUUGCUCGUUUCUCAGAUGUCAUUUUACGGGGAAACCAGUGCUGGCAUCACAAAUGGUGGCUGUUUUACUCGGGCUACAGUCGUACUUGUUGCAUUAUGAUAAUGAUUAAUUCAAUUGUACUAUACAGUGAUAAUGUUUCAAAUAGUUAUGGUAAGUCCUGGGUCUCAUCUUGUGAAAAAGCGUGAGUCCCACUCCAGAACCAUUGAGUCCCAGUUCAAGGAACAAUGAGGCCCUGGGUCUUUAUGUAUCUACAGUUAAUCUGAAGACAGACUCAAAAACUCUGUGUUACAUGCAGUUUACUGAAAUUAAAAUUUACUCCUUCUAUAAUCAAGCACAACAAAGACUAAAAGAAUUAUGCAUUGUUAAACAAUAGCCACAAGAACAGCCACAGAAAUCACACAAACAGGAUACUCUGCAAAAACAUCUUCAGGUCGAUCAAUCUAUCCUUGCAUCCUACAAGUUAUUUUGUGUCGUUGGGAAUUUUAAUGCGUCGGACAUAGGAUGCAGAGAUAACAAAAUCACUGCCUAUAGAAUCUGCUCUGACUCUGCUGUUGUACUAUACCCAUUUUGCUUUUGGGAUUGUAUUGAAGUUUAUCAGCCAAUGAUAUAAAAAUAUUUUUUCUUGGUUUUGGCAGGCUCUCUGUGUUCGGUCAGAGUUUAGGAAGCUAAAGAGUCCAACCUUAGCUAAAGCUUGUCGUCUAACUGUACAAAAGACUCUUUACCUGUGUAUGAUUAUAGCGUGUGGUUCAAGAGGUGUUUACUUUUCAAUAAAGGUGAGCUGGUAUACAUGUAUAUGUAACUGUUAAUAACACUGUACCUGUUAGUACUGUACAUGUAAUUGCCACAUAAUUUUGUGAUUUGAUACUGGGGCCCCCAAUAAACACUGGGCCUACAAAUAAUGAGUGGUAUAUGUACAUCUAAGCCUUAAGCUACAAAUGCACUUUUAUAUAAAAAAGGGAAAUAAUUAAUCCUUUCUUUUAUAAUAGCAGGCCUGCAGCGCUCCAAGCUGCGACCAUUUUGGUCGCCAUGGCGAGUGAAAAAAAAAAUUGGCGACUGAAUUAUCGGCGAAAGUCGCCAUUUGGCGACCAAAGGAUAUAAGCUCAAAAGAAUAAAGUUGACUUCACGUUUUAUCGCUUUUUAACUGAAUCAUCGUUAAAUUAAAGAAAUAUUACCAAGCUUUUCUUCUGUGUAAAUUCAAUGAUGAAUCUGUUCCUCUUGCAUGGCAAGACAUUUGUACAGUUCUGGCAUAAGGAUCUGCGUAUCGCAGCUUCGAAUUCAUUGAGCGGCCAUUUUGAAAACUCAGGUGGGAGAAACUGGGGAGAGCCCAAACUACUUCCGGCGGGGGUUGACUUACACCCAGGCCACCCCGACAGAAACAGUUAAAUUUUUGACACAAAAGAUGGCAAGUCGUAUGCUCUUGUAAGUUGCGUUUAUUGCGUUUUUUUUUUUUUAAAUAAAAGCUGUUUUUAUUAUAUUCAUCAAUAAAAAUACUUUUGUUGGAGUAAAUGUGUUUCAUGAAGAAAUAUUAAAUUUCCCGUGAGAAAAGUUAAGUCAGGCACUUUUCACGCUGAUCUGGCUACACGUAGCCUGCGAGAGAAUUCAGUUUUAUCGGCUCUAGUUUCACAAGCGUUGUGAUUUGUGAAGCUAGUGCCGAAAAAACCGGAUGCUCUCGCAGGUUAGGCAACACGUGGAGUUGAUGGUGCUGUGCACAAUUACUAAAAAUAGAUAGACCCCUUGGUGAAUGACAAAGUUUACAUGCAGUCAGCUCAAAGGCUUUGUAUGAGCGGGAUUUGUUUUGGAUAUAAAAAAUCAGCGAAAAAUCGACGAAAUCAGUGGUAAACGUGAUUUUCUUGCAAAAAUAUCAGUUAAAUCCCCAAUCUGUUUACUUGUUUAUAAUAUUAUCAUUCAAGACAAAGUACCAACGUAAACCAGCAAUCUAAUUUGUUGAAACAUCAGCGCCAUUGAUCGAUGUUUUGGUAAAUGCAGUUAGUCACCGAAUCGCGAUAAAUGUAUAUUUUACAUUCUCCUCUGAAUACGUUGUCGUGAUAAAUUCAAGUGUUAGUACUGCUUUUUCGUGAUUAGAAAACCAUAUAUAGAUAUUUAUUAGGAUAACUAAGAAUAACUUGAUACUGAUAUACGUCAACAAUGAGUGGAAGUUAUUCAGGCAAGUUUCAUUUAGCACGUACAAACAGUAUUUUUGUCAUCAACUUUGAAGUAAGAAACGUUUAUUUAGGCCAGAAGUAUUGUUAUUGUUAUUGUUAUUGUUGAUUCAAGUUUUAAUUUACAUAUGUGAGUGGUUUCAAUGCCAGUGAUUUAGCUAAAGAAAGAUGUUUCUUAGCAAGUAGACGGUACGAACAAAUGUAUAUUCACGUAAUCGUAUCUGAUCAGAUUUGUUUCAAUGAUAUCACUGCAAAUACAUGUUCCGGGUUUCAACAUCCGACUUUGUAGUAAAUUGUUCUGGUUACCUCUCAUAAGUGUCUUUGCCUGUUUUUGCCAUCUUGUACUGCGUUUACAACCCGCAGGCAAGUAACAAUGGAGUGUUCAAAACACGAUUUAUUUCCGUACACAACGUUCAGCAGUAGCUCCUUCAUGUAAGUAGCAUGAAGUGUCUUGCGUUAAUGAAACGACAAUUUUUGGCGACCGAAAUUUUCCAUUGGCGACCAUUUUAAAAAUGAAGGUCGCCAAAAGGCGACUUAUUGAAAAAAUGAGCUUGGAGCGCUGGCCUGGAUAAACUGCAGAUUUAAACAAACUCUGGGAACAUCAAGUCACGUUUAAAAUAAUUGACUAUCCAACUUUUUUUGCAGAGGUAUCUUCCAGACACCGUGGGAGAAAAUCUUUUCAAUGCUUAUUACCCAGUGAUUAUUUCUGGAUUCACAAUAAUUAUCUGCUUUUGGGCUGAGGUACGUCCUGCACAGUCUGUAUUCAGUUCCUACUUACAGAGUGUAUUAUGCUGGAGUUAUUCAAGAGUCAAAUCAUAUGUAGGGGUUUUGAAUCAUUUUGUUCCUCACAUUAAUCAAUUACAUGUAACAGUCAUAGAGGAAAAAAGGGAAAAAAUCAGCCAAGUAACUGUUUUAAGAACUUUUUGUGAGAUAUUGGUUAAAGACAAGCCAAAGAGAAAUACUAAAUAAUGUUAAAUUGUUCAGUUUAAGGCAUGUUUUUUUGUGUGUUUUUUUUAAAAUUCAUUUAUGUGUUUCAUACUGAACAUUUUUCAAACUAGGGUAAAAAUACAUAAUUGACAAAAGAGAUGGAAUUUUUUUAAACUGGUAAAUGAAAUAUUUGAAACUUUAAGUUAAGUGAAUUUUCUUAACUAGGGUAAGUUAAUAUGUUUUGAGAGUUGCAACAUUGUUGACAUUUUUUACUUUUUAUUUUGUUGUAGACAUUUCAUGUAGCUGGCUUACGUUUGGACAGGCCACGCUUUCUCAACAAAUCUUCUGUAGGGUUUAUCAUAUUUAAUGUCUUUAUGUAUGUCAUCUUUCUGAUACAUCUUAUUACAACGGAACUUACAGAUAAACAGACAAAGGUUGGUCUUGUUAUAUAAUGCUAUUCAUAUGAAAACUCUGUGUGUCACUGUGUGAAAUUUAAUGUUUAUGUACUUGAUACAUGAUAUCUUUCAUACAACAGUGGUUUACGCCUUAAUUAUUGUCUGUGUAAAUUGCUCACCACACUUGGGGAUCAUUCUUUCUGUGUGGCCAGCCCUAAACUAUGGAGUGAUCUUCCAAGUACAAUAACAAACAUAUCUCUGCAAAGUUUCAAGAAAGCAAUCAAGCUUUUUAAAUAAAUUUUAUGUCUACAUUUUUAUAGCUAGUCAAUUUUAUUUUAUUUUUUUAUUUUUAGCUUUUCACAGUAUCAUUGAAAUGUACAAAUGAAAAUCUUUACUUUGAUAAUGGCACUAUAGAAAUUAAUAAAUUAUCAAAUUCAUUUAUCAAUUAUUAUUUCAUAAUAAUUUGAUUGAAAAAAUUAAAAAUUGUCUAGAUUCAGGGUGCUUGUGCUGCAUGAUUCUUCAGUGUGCUACAACAUUGCCAUAGUACUUUAAUGUCUUAAAUUUUUGUUUGAUUGUUUGUUCUUCUUUUCAGGUUUAUUUAUACAACAGUUUUAACGGCUUUUUUGUUGUUUUGAUGUUUCUUGUGCUGACAUUUUUCCUUAUUUAUGGAGUUGAGCUAUUCUACAAGGUAUUUAAAAUACAAGUUAUCAUGGUCUGUUUUUGUCUGUUUUUUUUUUUUUAAAUUAGAAAUCAAGACAGAAUAAUUUGACAGAGGGGAAAAACACCCUGUCUAGCCCUUGGGAUAUGUGAAUUUCACUAAAGUUAUUUUAAGAUGAAGUUAGUUUUGUGAGAGGUCAGCAGACUUUUAUUUAUUGUUGUCAAGAGAAAAUUGUCAAUUUAACACUCGUCAUUACAAUAUUCUGCAUUUUUUGCCUUGAGCCAGUCGUGCAUGGACUUCAUGACGUUUCAAACAUCUGAUUGAAAUUUGGGGACUUCCCAGGAAUUAGACUUCCGCUUAAUUACAACCUCUAAAAAUAACUUUUUUAAUUAGUAAAAUUCACAUAUCCUGGCCAAUGCCCUAUGAUCCCCUCUCUGUCCCAUAUUUUUUUACCUUUUGUUAGAAAUACGUUAUUCAUUUGGCUGUAAAGUGCAUACAAGUAAAUUUUAGUGAAGUGGAUUCAUCAUGUCGUUUUGUCCAGGUUCGUGGAGCAUUUAUCACAAGUCUAAUAGAAUCUGCAACUGUUGAUACCACCCAAGUUACCAUGUCAAGGGUGGGGCUAUUUUCACAGGCAUCCUUUCAGGUAAGUCACGACUGUAAAAAUCUUACUUCUGUUUGUUAAGUACAUUUCUUUUUGUUACUGUUCAGUGGAAUCUUAAUUUGUCCAACCACCGUGGGAAAAGAAAAUCGGUUCAACUUUAUGUCGGGAGUUUUUAAAUAAUCGAGGUAAAAAUAAGAGUGUUUGACUGGUACAAGGGAAGUUAGAUUUGGUUUGAAUGCCAGUGCAUAUUUCAAGUGACGGGGAUGAUCGAAUGGGGCAAGAAUCAAAACCUCCAAAAAACCCGAGGGCUUCCAACAAAAGCCCAAAACGUCCCUGGACCAAAGGUUAACCCCGAAAAAAUCCCAUCCCGAAUUUCCGAGCUUUAGAACUUUCCAGAAAGUAUUAAAUGAUAUAACACGAAAAAUAAAGUAGAAAUUGAUUUCUGUGUUUUCGGCCGGUAUACGCGGGCACUACCACGAAUCCCUACUUAAUUCAAGCCACCCCAAAAAUACUUGCAAAUUUUUCUAACCCAAAAAAUCCCGCAACCGAAAAUUUCAAAACCUUCAAUCAUCCCGUCACUUGAAAUAGGGGCAGCCGUAGUGUAUGUGAUCAGUGAGCCAAACUAACUGCCUUGAAAUUAUGAAGUACGAAAUUGUAUUUUGUUGAAUUUUUUUUCAUGUAUAUUUUGUACAUUUGCAGCUGCUUACCUCAUUGUUUCUUCUUGGUGAUAUCAUGGGAGAGAAAUGGAAAAGCAGGUUAGCUUCACAACGUAUCGUAACCUCCACAGCGAAACAGCGUUAGAAACACCAUCACUUCCUGGUCAAUGCGGCCAGUUACGAUUUUGCUGAGAAAAAAAAUUAAUAAGUAAAUAGAGAGCUUUACAUUUGAGGACGAGACUGAGUACGAGUACGAGAUUUAACUUGAAGUUUUUGCGCGUGUUCUCAAAGAAAGAAAGACACCCUGGAAAGCUUCAUUUUACCUUUUUCAUGAAAAAAGGUAAGACGGUUGUUUAUACUGAAGGAGGUUAAGCCCCCUCCCGAUAGCAAAAUGAUAAAACUUCUUGCAUUUGUCCUGCCACUACGACCUUACGAUCCGACAACGGCGACGUCCCAAAAAAAAAGAUCGUGGAAAAAAGCGCCAUAUGGUAUUACUGAGUUAAAUAAUUUUUCUACCUUGUAGAUUGCCUAUAGAGGGUAGAAAUGCCAUGGAAGUCGUGUUCAGAUUUUUCGAACUGUGUGUGGCACUUUGGUUUUCUUGCUGUCUUUGGAACUGGAAAAGGUGUGUUUAAUAUUAAAGCGUAAAUUCACCUUCUUUCGACUUUCAUCGCGGUCAUUUUAAAUUUUCCAGGCUGUUAAAUAUAGGUCAAUCUAAUUCCCUUGGAGUUGAAUUGUUUUAAAGACUGUUUCCAGAUUUUGAAAGAUGAAAACCUCGUGUCGUGUCCUUCCUAACACGUGGCAAAUGGAAAAUUCACGACGUGAUUGCGCAACUAGGACGGAAGAGGAAUGUUGUAAAAACUGUGAUCCACGUGGAGAGUCGUUGCUAAUUACUCACCGUUGAUUUGUCAACAAAACAUUGCUGUUGCCUUCGCGUCGUGUUAACUCGAAGCGAAGUAUUUUAUGUUCAUACUAGAAUGUAACAGAUUGACUACGUUACAUUGCGUCAGUACGACUGGUGCUACUCUGUUUUAGUUUAUGUAAUAGAUGAUACUACAGCAGAAGAAUUGAAGAUAAUUUUUUUAACGAUUUUUAAGUGAUAAUUAUUGGCGCCGAACAAGUUACAAUCACUGAGAAAGAUUCUUUCCUCUUUAAGUAACAGAAGCAAAGUUAAUUUGUCAGGUUAUCAAGGCUCCACAUGCUGUGCAGGGUCUUCUGAGAUGAAACUUUUCCAACUUUUCGUUUAAUUAUUUUAAUUGCAGUCCAAGUCAGUUGUGGAUCUUAAAUCCAAGACGACUCCUGGUCCCUGAGACGGAUGAGGUAUAUUUACAUGUAGUAGAAACAGAGGUUAAUCGACGAGGAGAGUAAAGGUGUUGGGGUAGGGCGUGGUGCUGGAGCGAGAGAUGGCGUUUCAGAGUUCACUAAAAUUCCUGAGUGGUUUAAAAUGAUAUUUGAAUUGUUUUUCGACCCGGUAAACAUCGUACGUACCUGUGGCUUGUUAUGAUUCACCUCCUUAGAGCGUUAGGACGUUCGCAAGUGUCAAACGUUUCACACGAAUUGCACGUCUUACUGAACAUUAAUUUUACCUUUUAAUAUUACAAGCAACGUGAAGAAAAAUGACUGGACGAUUUCACAGUCAAGUGCUAUGUGAAAGCAAAAUGUGUUAUCAAAGAUGGGCUGGCUUAAAGAUUAAUGGUCUUUCGCGACUUAUGUUAGUUCAGAAAGAGAAGGGAAUUCAGUGUUGAAUCUGAUCAGUUGUCAAACAAAGAUGAAAAACGCUUGCUAUGGAAGAAAAGGAAACACUUUCACCUUUCCUGGUGACCUUUAUUUGCUUUUGACCGAAUCGAUAUUUCGAAAUGAAUUGUUAAAGACGGUAAUAAAGUUCGCAUACUUAAGUGUUCUGGGCCUGGUUGUUGGAAGGUCGAUUACCGCUAACCCUGGUUAAAUUUCAAUCGCGUAAAUCCGGGUUUCUUUUCAUAGUAUUCAUUCAUAGUAUUUUAGCUAUUCUUUUUUGAGCAUCCAAUCAUCAAAUUGUAAGCAAAAAGAAUUAAACUUAAUUCAAGCGUUCAUUAGUCACCUUCGCAGCCAUUUUUAGGGCCGCCGAAGAAGACUAAGCGUUCAUUUUCUGAAUCCAAAUUUCACAUUAACCCUGGGUUUUCUCAACGUAGCUUAUCCGCGCGAUGGUUACUGCGGAUUAAUAAAGUAAAAGUAAAAGUAAAAGCUUUGAACAACCCGGCCCAGGCUUUAAAACAUACAGUGGAAUGUUGUGUCCAUCGUCAAAUGCCUCUGCAUUACUGCCUUAGCUAAAUCAAAACGUGUCUCUAAUUUUCUCUUAGGAAUCGAGGCAUUUAUGUAGCGGCUCUCAUGAGCAUACAAGCUACAGUAGUAUACCGCCUAACCAAGCUGAAGGUGAGGUAUAGAUAUACGUGUGAUAUACGUGUGUAUAUUUUCAGUGUUUGACGUAAUGAGUCACUAAGUAAGGAGAAGCUGUUAUUAUAUCAAUGACAUUCAUCUUGUGCGAUCAUGUACGUAAUUCUCGUUACCGCUCUGUUUUUAAAAUAUCAUUGAUGUAACAAGGAGAAAUAUGAUGCUGAUCAUUUUUUAACUGACAGGGUUAAGAGAUUAGAAGGCGGUCGAUGCGUACAAGAGGAUUAAAUAACGCGAAAAGGCGUCAUAUUGGAGAGGGAGAGAAAACUUUAGCUCGACACUGAAAAUUCCGUUUUCCUUGGUGGUCUUCGAUCUUGUACGGUUCAUUUACUGGAAGAAAUCAGUAAAAUCCGCUCCUUUUUCGCGCAGCCUAAAUAGCUUUCACUCAGUUUGUCAAGGACGAUCAGCGAAAGCAUAAGUCAAAGUCAAGUGUAUUAUUGGCCGCGUUUAUGUUUAUAAUGACGUCAACUCAACACAUUACAACGUUGCCUAAAAUAACAGUAUAUGUAAUGCUCUGUAUGCGUUGAUCGACCUACAGCUCAUGGCACCUAGGUGGCAUAUGUUGGGUUAUGGUCGUUCCUAAUCUGCUGUAGCCCGGGCUGAACUUCGAGGUAGUCUCGAAAGAAAUUCUCCAAUGGAGCGUCCAAGUACUGUAGACCUUCUGAUAGGAAGGCUAGUAAGGUGCACGAAGUGUGACAGACAUCGCGGGUUCCUCGGUAACGUUGCACUGUGUUCUGUAUUUGCAUUGGUUUUGUUUAUAGUUGAUUCCAGCUUCAGUCGUAAUUUCAAAGCAUGAACUUCAGUUGAAACCCGACGAACGAAAAAAAUGAAUAAGAAAUAGCGAAUCCUAAGUUUUUUGUGCACUCCAAAGGGCUCCAACCAUGUUACCUUGUUCAGCUAGACCGGCCAAACUCGAUGGGUUAACCCCUGGCUGGUUCAUACGCCGUGUCUUUCAUUAUUUCUGCUCGUCUGUUGUUAAAGCUUUUUAGUCGGCAAUGGUUUGGAGCAUAAUUAUGCGUCACGCUUUGGAAUUGUAUUCUUGAUUGAGGCCAUUCUGUUGAUAUCGUACUCCAUGCCAAUUUUAUGGGUGAAGGGGGGUGUUUUACCGUUUAUUAUGCGUUGCCAAUAUUUUUUUAUUUUAAACUCAGAAAAAAACUUAGCAGCUUCAGCUUUUCACACUUUACUGUAUUGAAGUCUCACAUUGUUGUUUUCUGUUUGUACUUGUUCACCCAUGUUUCUUUUGUGACAUGAUCACUUAGUUCAAACUCUUGGUAUAUUAAUGUAACUUAACCCCAUAUCUCUUGUAAGAUACUUCUGGUGAAGAAAAAGAAGAAUUUACAUAUCGGUACUGGAGAUAUGAAAAAAGAAGCGGUUUUCUUCGUAACAGAUCAUUUCCUCUGCACGAAUCACGCUAAGGCUGUUUCGUGAGCCAGCAUUCCUAAGUUUUUAAGUUAAAGCUACGGAGUUUACAUUCUUGCUGUAUGCUAAUGAGAUUUCUUGAAGCGGAAAAUCAGUUAUAGUUAGGCUUAAUGUUUCGUUUGGUAGUGAUUACGGUUAUGUAAUAUUCAGUCUUGUACUAAAAAAUUUUGGCGUAAUAUAAGCUGCACUUGUUUUCUCGAGCGUAUAAAAUACGUCGCUAGGAUUCGUAAUUCCUAGGCUUAUCUUCACAUCCUACGAUGCGUUUUCCCCAAUUCCAUAAAAUUUGUUUUAGACUUUCUUGAGUGAAUAUGCAUACUAGCCGGUACUACAUGUUUUCUCUGUGUUAAGUCUUCUUGGGGGCAGGUUUAGCCUUAAUGAAUCCAUAAGGCUAUCCAUUCAUCUGUUGAGAAUCCACUGAGUGAUAUGCAAAAAACCCGUACAGGUUAUAACUGAGAAAAAACUUCUUAAAUCUCAAACCUAUCAUUUGAGUUACAGAAAUUUGAUCUCUCAAAAUUUCCUUCUUUCAGUUUCCUCUGUGAUACGCUAUUUGGAGAAAAUUAUCGCAGGUGCCUCUUCUAAUCAUUGUCUUUUUGACAGAUUUAGAUUCCCCUCGCCGAGAAUGUUGGGUUUGUUAUGACAGUGAGCGUACGGAUGCUGGACCAAUGAUAUUCCCAUGUCAAUGCAAAGGAGAUUUAGCCGCUGUUCAUCAUGACUGUCUCAAGAGAUGGCUCAUCGAGGUAAAAGACACUAUGUGGGUCGGUUAUUGGAUUGCUUGCGUAGCAUACGCUGGUAUUUUUGGGCCAAAGGGAGAAAUCUCGAGGACGCGCGCGCGAGUGGAGAAAAGAAGAGGAGAGGAGGCCCUCCCCCUCGCGUGUUCCCCUCGCGCGCUUUAAAAAGACUAACCAAAAAAUAACAGCUAACUAGCGCCUGCCACUCAUGGUAGUUAUUUGAACGAAUGCGAACUUAGACCAUGGCCUCAUUAAGUCAGUAUACCCGUAAGUUUGUUUAUACGUACUUUAGUUUUGGUGCUAGGUAAAUUAGUGUGCGUAGCUGGCGGGAUUAGCAUGGCAGUGCUGUAUUGUUUUAGCGGCGGAGCCGCGAGAAGAGUGGAUAAAAGUCAAUUUGGAGUCUCGCGGCGGCUCGCCAAGAAAGUACCCCGUCUCUGAAUCUCUCAUUAUGCCUCUGUUGAUGUCUGCAUUUCCUGCUUGUUGUGUGAAAUGAGCUAAGACCCUGUUGUACAGGAGACAAGUGUACUGCCUUGCUUGUUUUUAGUCAAAGAUUUCCCACGGAUUCCUGAUUCUCCCGAUAGCUUAACGAAACUAAAACAGACUUUCUUCCUCUCAUCGAACGCCCCACCUCCCACCCCCACAACCUGAAGUCGAACACCCGCCCAGUUCUUCAAACCUUGUGAUCACUUGAUGACUUAAACCACAGGUAAACCAAGCUCGCAGGUGAAAAUUAUUCUUGUGUAACAGAAGUAUUAUGAGGGAUUGUAUGGGGAUUUUUGCAAUCGUUAAUUCGCUGUAGAGAGAACAAAUGCAGGACUAUAACUCGCUGGAAUCGCCCUCACACGGCUAAAAAUGCUAAAAACACACAUAACGAUCGCUAAACAUUUUCUGUUACGCAACAACGAUGCUUACUUGUGAGCUUUGGGUACCUGUGCUUUAGCCUGUGAAAAGGCCUUUGGUCGAGCGGGGUGGGGAGAGGGAAAAGCGAAAAGUUCUCUCCCCCCCUUUCCCUUCCCUUUCCUCGCUAUUUUUCCCCAAACAGAGAGCCUGUUCACAGGGUACUGUGCUUGAAGCAAUCCCUUUUCGCCAGAAGGCUGGAAACCUCGGUAUUCUACUUACGUAACAUUUUAUUUUCCUUUGUGUUUCCUCAGUCAUCUGGGGAUAGUCGCUCGGAUUCUCAUAAGUGCAAAGUUUGUGGAGAGGAGGUACGUACGUUACUCUACGUUACUCUCAAUAUAAUUAAAAGGGUGUUCUUUUUAGAUUAAACAUGUUUACUUGAUAACAUGUUUUUUUAACGUUUUAAGCUUUUUUAAGUAAAUGGCCGGAAUAGCCCUUAUGCAUGAUUACGUCAGGUGAGCAAAUUCUCGUUUGUAGAAUUAUGCUUAAAGCAUAAUUCUUCUUAUUUUCACGCUUUGUGCGUGGGUAUUCUUUUCAACUGUGCUGCCUUGCAUGGGAAUUCAUUUAUGUAAAACUUCACAGCUUUACAAUUUUAAAACAAGGCUAGUUCAAAUUUGCUCGUCUAACGCUAACGUACAUAAGGGCCACUGUACCCUGAAUUUUACAAGAGAGAGGAUGAACCUGGGUAAGCUUAUUUAGUUAGCAUAAAACGGGCAAACCGAAACAGAAAAAUCGUGCGUCUGGAUCAACUAUCAGCGUCCGUUUCAACUCGAUAGCCAAACUAAAUUGAUGUUUUUCCUAUAAUACAUUUCAUUUGAAAAUAAGGCACUGCCGGCCGGAUCAUGGAGUGUAAAUUAAAGCAUGAUACAGUAAAAUGAAGUUCGUAAACACAUCGGUUAUUACCUAGCCUGUGCCAGGCUCUCAGAUAGUAUAGUGUGGACGUAUUAAAACGAGCAAAGCGAAAAUAAGACGCGCGCAACUUGCGACUUUUCACCACUAUCUCGGAGCCUGCAACAGGCUAGUUAUUACCUUAUCAUCCAGAACUGAUUCCUUCAACUUUUCGGUCAUUUCAUAUCCUCCAUUUGCUGGUGAUUACGCAUUUGUUCCAAAGAAGAGCAGCCAUUUGAGUGAAUUCUUCCAACAAGUUAGAUUCUCCAGUAAUGCUGCUUGAAUUGUUUACUUGUUGGACUUUUAUUCGCCUGGAGCACGUCAACUGAAUCACGAGAUCACAAGUUCAGUCUUGUUUGAAGAUGAAGCGGAUCAUGUGCAUCGGUCACACAACCGAUGUCAAUCGGUGGUGGCCCCAGUUGUUCAAAAAGUGUAUAGCGCUAGAUUUAUCCAGUGGAUAAUGCAAUUGGUUCUUAUCCACUGGAUAGUGAUUUAUCCAGUGGAUAGCGUUAUCAAGCUUUUGAACAACUGGGGCAAGAUAAAUCGCUAUCCACAGGAUAGAGAUUUUUCCAGUGGAUAGCUUUAUCCAAAAUUAGUAGACACAAAAGAAACGCAACGAGUUUCAUGGGGCAAAAAACAAUUUAUUGAAACUACAGGUUAUGAAAUAAAACCCAGGGAGGGUGGGGAGAGUAAAACAAGCGAGCAGAGGCCGCAAUUGACCUUUGAGACGACGCUGAACUCUAUCACCGAGAAGAAACCUGACGCGGGUGCCAAAAGACAAGAAACACAAAAAGGGGAAUGUGUCCCAACAGCCAAAUAUAAAACCACCACUUUUAACAACUGUGGCCUGCCCCCUAAAAUUACUUUAAAAGGUGGAUAGCGUUAUCAACUGGGUAAACCUCUAUCCACUGGAUAACGCAAUUGAGUCCAUUGGGUAGCAAUUUAUCCGCGGUAGAAAGCGCUAACCAACUAAUGAACAACCGUUCCUUCGACCUAGCGUGCCACGCAGACGUUGUUAGGGCUUCGUCACCCGUUCCUUUCAUAAGUGUGAAAACUUAUUAGAAAGCAUAUAAGAAAAGAAAAUGGAUCUUAGCGGAGAUUAUGCUAAGUACAGUGCCAACAGAAACUUUGCCGGAAAUAAACAUAGGAAUUAAAGAAUAACAUCGGAAGAAUCUUAAUUCUCUGAACUCUUGGUUUCUCGUGAAUCCAUUUCCUUUUUCUCCGGAGGUUCAAAAAAUCAGGAUUCAAUGCAUUUUAAUAUGUGGAAAAGUAAAGUGACGUAAAUGGUUUGAAUUUAUUGCAGUACAAGCUGUUAACAGGAAGGGCCUGGUUACCAAGCGGUCUUAGUGUUAGGUAGGUUUCUUGUAUUUUGUUUUGUCUAGACUCGAUUUGGAAAAGAAAUCGUUACGUCAUGUUGCCAUGGUAGAAAACUCUCUGGAUCUCAAAAAACUUUAGUCCUGCAAAGGCGACGGGAAAAAAAACUUGAAAAGAUCUGACUUUCCUGUGCAUGAUUGCGCUGAGGAACAAAACGGUAACCCAUACUUUUCUUCUAUCGUUCGACAAUUUAAAUGGCCGUCUCUGUCAAGAAAGAUUGUUGACAUCCACAAAUUUUGCUACCGUGGUAACGUGACGUUACUGCUGUUCGGGAAAUGAGCCCGCGCUCCUCCUCCGAGAAGACUCUCGGGAAAGAACAAGACCAGACCUGACAGAGCAGCGGAAAUUGAGGCUAUCUUUUGCCGCGUUUUUCUUAAACAAGCGUCCGGAGUCAAAGGAAGGAGAGAUAUGCAUGUUUACACAUGUUACCUUACCUUAGGUAGCUCGCACCCCGUUAGUUGCAUCUCACAUAAGCAGCGAAGCAAAUGAAAGAAGUCUGCACGCAAGCUAUAGUUGUUAAAAGGGGAGGGUUUUUAUCCAAAGAGAUCGGACUAGAAAUUAUCCCAUUUGCAAACAACAGGUCUUGCUGUAAACGGUUGAAACUGUAAAAAGUGCCCACCUUCUGAUUGGGAAAGCGAUGAUCAGCAUUGCCCCACUCUCCUCUUGGCUUCGCUGCUCAUUUGCUAUCCUAAGUACCAGAGGGUUUUUCUCGCGUGCGGCGAUUGAGUGCGGUGGAUAUGCUUCGGAAUUGGCCGCACUCCGAAACGUCUUCGGUUUUUUGGCCGAAGCCACGAAAUGACCGAAACCGGAAAUCUCUCUGGAAAAAGUCCCUUUCACCCAGGGUACUUGUCAAGCGCGCUCGUCAAGCAAAACCUCCAGCUAAGCAAGGUAGCAUUGUCGUUUACGUUUCUUGACUUUUCUUCUCAGGCAUUGGCUCCAAACGACCCUUAUACUUUCCAUGAUGAUUGGGACACCAAUCGGUGUAUACUUCGUGUGUUUAACCAGUAUAUCUCCCGCUUGCAAGAUGCUUGCCAUAGGUCUUGCUGUGGUGCUCGAGUACGCGUGGCUAAGGUAAGUAAGAACUAGACAGUGAAGUUUUUUUGAAUUUUUAAUUGUUUGUGUACGGAGGUAGCAAUUGGUGAUCCAUGAAGAGAUAAUUGUCUAGAAUCGAAGGCAUUUAUUUAUUACAGGGACCAGGCUCCUUGAUGGCGAAAAAAAGGGCGAAUUUCGGGGGAAGAAGGCAAAUAACGGAGCGAGCGCAAAGAAAAGGGACUUUAAGAUAGGUCAUUAUGGCAGGCUGGGACGGUUGGAUGCGUAUACGGGCGGCCUGGGGCCAUGACGGUAAGAAGCCGCGAAAAUUUUCAAUUUAAGAUCGGACAACAAAACAGAGGACGGUGAAGUCAUGUGCGAAACUCGCUUGUCAUUUCUUUCGCAGAAGGCUCAAUUACUGAAGAAGAGUUUCUUAUUUUAUACGAAGAAUACCAAUCAGAAGAAUAAGGGUACAAAUUAAAGCUAGCUAGCUAGUUUUCAAAACUGUAGGCGAUGUUUUUAUUUGAACUUCCCUUUCCUAUUAAAGCCAACACCUUUUUCUUGAUAAAAAAUGCAGUUUUAAGUUAUAAGAAGACGGCUACAAUCUUCACUGUUAGGCCCAAUUGAAACGUCGAACUUCUCAUGUGCCGAAACUAAAGCACAAAUAACUAAAAUUUAUUUUCACUUGUUUAAAGCAUUCUAGACCAUUGAACAUCGUGAAAAUGAAUCGAGUUCGACUACACUUUAAGUUCGACGCCUGAGUCAACCUUGAACCAUUUGAGUCGACCUAAAUAGGUAUUAAGUUCGGUACAUGAAAAGAUGAACAUUUGAACUGGGCCUUACCUUCCUUUUCGGCAAUUUUCCUCUGCCAUGGCGGACGACACUGGGUAGAAAACAAGCAGUCGCCAUGCGACCGUGAGCUAAGUUAUGAAUGAACUCAGUCAUUUUCGCUUUUUUUUUCAUUUCACCGAUAGGUAAAUCAAUGUAAACACAAGCCAACGCGUAUUUAACCCAGUGGCUACUCAGUUUUAGAACAAAAGUGACAAUAAGUAUGCAUGAACUCUUAUCGGUUUCACCGUUGUCUUCACGACGAGAAACCCGGCGAAAACAUACCGUCCCAGAAGGACGACGGUAAAAGGUCACGCGUUUUUUGCGUGACGUGACAUCUAUCUAACCGUCCCAGGCGACCGUAGUGACCUAUCUUAACGGAGCGGUUGCUGCCGUUCCUCUUUUCCAGUCCCUCGCUCGGUUCGCUUCCGCUCCGUUAUUCGCUUCCUUUCCCCACCAAGAAACCUACUUCCGGGGUCAGGUAUUAUUUCGGGCAAUUCAUUUAUCGCCAUUCAAGUUCAUUGGUCAGUCGAUUGUUCAAUCAGUAGGUGCGAUUAAGGGUGAAUGAGUUAAGCUCUUCGGAUGUAUUAUCACAAUUGCAAGAAGGAGUGAUGUUCUGUUCUUAGCUACUAUAGCCCGACAUUAGAAAAAUCAACGCCGUUCACGAUCUGUUGAUUAAUGUUUUGACCUGCGAGCACAAUAGUUAUUUAGUUACUUUGCUUUUCAGACUUUUAGGAUUGAACAUGCUUCGUGUUUACCGUCAAGCUCGACUUGCUACCAUGACCAUCAUUGGUCGGACUGAAACUGUCAGUGAUGAACUGCCUGGAGACAGCCAUGCGGCUCCUGAAGCAGUGGAAAUCACAACAGCUUAGAAAGCUCUCGGACGGCUUUCACCAACCGGGUUUUGGUGGGGUUUGGCGAGAGGGGGCGGGGGGGUUGCUGGGUACUCGUUUGCUUAAGCUUUCCGGAAAUGUGCUGCUGUGGCGUGUAUGUUAUUGGGGGAGCUACUAGCCUGUAUAACAGGUGUUACCUUUACGCGUUUUUCAGACUAGCGAAGGCAAGUACGAAGUGCGCCAGACGAGAAGCACGAUACAAGCGCUCUGCGCCUUCCCCCUUCGCGCGUGUCUGGCGCUCCACGCCCGCCCAACCCCGUCUGAAUAACGAGAAAAAAAUAACACCUGUUUUGCAGACUAAGAAGCUAAACUCUGAGAUUCGAUAUAGAGUACAGAGAUAAUGUUUAGAGUGGGACGCACGGCAGAUUGGAAUCUAUUUGUUUUAAAAAUGGAAGCAUGCCUCGAAUAGCCGGACUGGUUGAAGAUUUAUUUUUAUUGUAGCCAUUUUCCAAGCUAACAAGAAAACGUUUCGUCUCGAAUAUUGCCUCUUCGUACUUGUUAACAGCUCCUGCUAGACUUUCCUCGAGGCUUUCGUUUCCGCCUGGAAUUAUCCCCCAAACAUUUCAAAAACUUUACGCCGUGUUGGACAAAACAAAGGGAAAAAAAUUCUUUUUAUACUCUCAAGCGCCGUGCAAACAGACGUAUUGUUAUUUUUGGCCAACAACUCCCAACAUUUUUUUAUAUUACAUGUCGCGCCCGUUUGUACAUCCUGCUGCAAUGUGUUGCGUGUUGUUGUGAGUUGUUGCGCAAAGUUUGAAACCUGUCAAACUUUUGACCAACUAACUCCCAACACGUCUUUUGUUCCGUGAUCGCCAAAGCGAAGCGCAAAAAUGUUGGAUCUUUUUUGCACAGUUCUUCCUGCCUUGUUGGGGCCACACACGCGCAGCACACAUGGUCUACUUGGAUUUUACAAAGUCUUAUGGGUUGUAUUCUUCCCACGAUGCACUGGAGCGUCCAACAUUGUUGGAAAUGAAAGAAAUUUAAUGCCACAGCAGCGCAUUUUUAUCUAAGUCUUAAAGAGUACCCUGUCAUCUUAGAAUGCGACACAGAGCUGGUCAGAGGGUAUCCUUUGAUUGGGCAAUAUCUGAGGGGAUCGAGUACAUUUACGGAUUUGCUCGAAUGACCAUACUGAAAAUUCUCUAAUCGAGAAGGUGCUUUUCCAGUGGAAAUGAAUUAGCGGCUCCGGAUGAUUAAUUUAAAUUGCACAGGAUGGCCAACCUUGUUCUUGGUAAUCAAGCUUGCAGCUGGAAUCCACUUCUGUUGCGAAGGCGAAUGCGUUGAGGGUCCUGUGUCAUAGACCGCCCACAUUCUGAACACCACAACUAUUAAAGCAGUUUUUAAAACUGUGUUAGAUUUAAAAUCAAGUAAAGUAGUUUUUUGGGGUAUUCCGUGCAGAAAAAAAAGCACCAAAAUCUGGCAAUGGGUUGUUUGUAAAUAGAUUGUUGCUAUUUGUCUAGACAGUUUCCAAGCUGGAAUUGACUUCAUCUUGUCAUUGUUUGUACAUAAAGGAGUUGUAUUAUUAAAAACCACCCUUCAGAAACUGGUUAACAGUUGAA